UCCCUGCUAAAGUGACUUCCUGUCCCUGCUAAAGUUACUUCCUGUCCCUGCUAAAGUAGCGUGGAGCAUUAGGGCAGAUGGGUUGAGUGGAUUAGUGUAAUCUCCUCAGUGCACAUUGGAGCAGAAGAAGAGGAAGAUGAAGGUCUUCACUCCUUCAGCGGUGGUCCUCUUGGUCCUCAUGGUGUCUCAGGUCAAGACUGCUGUUGACGCUCAGGAGAUCCUGCAGGAGGACGAGAUCCUGCAGGAGGACGAGAUCCUGCAGGAGGACGAGAUCCCGCAGGAGGAGCAGCAGCAGAUCCUGGAAACGUGGACCAGGAAGGUCCAAACGUGUACCUGCGACUGUGAGUCGCCCACACGCUUCUCACCCACUGAAACCUUCACCUCGCCACCACCUCCUCCUCCUCCUCCUCAGAGUCACCUGCUGACUUGCAUGCCAGAAUGUUCGUACCACCAGGCGUUGGGCUUUGAAUCUGGAUCAGUGAGGCCAGAACAGAUCAGCUGCUCCCACCAGGACCAGUACACCAGCUGGUACUCUUCCUGGGUCCCAGACCGAGCUCGCCUCAACAACCAAGGCUUCGGGUGCGCCUGGCUCUCCAAGUACAACGACCAGCACCAGUGGAUCCAGAUGGACCUGAAGGAAGUGGGCGUGGUCUCGGGGAUUAUGACGCAGGGACGCUGCGACGCUGACGAGUGGAUCACAAAGUACAGUGUUCAGUACCGGACCUUGGACUCGCUCAACUGGGUUUACUACAAGGACCAGACCGGCAACAACCGAGUCUUCUACGGGAACUCGGACCGCUCGUCCACCGUCCAGAACCUUCUGCGUCCGCCCAUCGUGGCUCGCUUCCUGCGCCUGCUCCCGCUGGGCUGGCACACCCGCAUCGCCCUGCGCAUGGAGCUGCUCAUGUGCCUCAACAGGUGUGCCGUCGACCGACAAUAUGUGUCGUAAAUAUUUAUCACACUUCUUGUCUUCCUGGUGAAUGAAAUGUCACUUUUAAUAUUAGAAUAUGACGUCAUAAAGGAAGUCCAACUUUGGCAAGAUUUUUUUCUCUUCUGAAUAAAAUAAAUCAUGUUUUUUUCUCGCAACAAUUGUAAUCAUUGGAUUGUUUUCCAACAACAACAAAAAAAAGGCUAUGUAGUAAUAU